AUGGCGGCCGGAAGAGAGAGAUCGAAAACCACGAAGUUUCGAUCGAAAACCGGGCUUUUCUCUUCGUUUUUCAGGCAAAAUCACGGCGGAUGGUGGUGUGGCUUGUCUGGGGUUGGAAGAGGACGGCGGCCCAGUCAUUUUGGUACUGGCCCCGACAACUUUGGAGGUCGGACUAGAGCACGGCCUGCCAAAACAUGGCCAGCUGUUACUGCCGUCGCUAGAAAGGAGAGAGAAAGAGAGAGAGAGAGGGACUGCGCAGAGGAGAGAGAGAGAGAGAGAGAGAUGAGGGCUUUUCUGACUUUUGACAACCCUUUUCGUAAUAUUUACGAUUAUGCCACUGAGGGUAUUUUGUUCGUAUCUCUCUCGUUACAACUCCGAUUCGAGCUCACUACGUGUCUAUGA